AUGGGAGCCUGUUUCCCAACAUAUCCAAAAGACACCUAUCUAUUACGUCUCGAGGAAAUCCCAUAUCCAAAGAAGAUCUCUUUAAAUACACUAAAGGAACUCUUCCGUCGUUCUGAAAUUUGGGAUGAGGGGAUCCCCUCUCUCCGGGAAACGUUGAUUAAACUCUUCCGCAAGCAGCAGGACUUGGGAUUUGAAAGAGAUCUAUCGCUGAACUUCAGUAACGAGAAGAUCGCUGCACAUACGAAGGAGUUUCAGGUCUAUCAAGAAUGGCAUGAGAUACGCAGCUUCGUUAAGAAAAUCCUUGGUACUGAUGAUGAUGGCUGGAUUGCUCCAGAGCGCGAUUUCACUGAGAUGAAGGCGCGCAACAAGAUGUUGUUCGAUUACUAUGUUUCCAAGCCGGAUCUUAACAAAACCGCAGGUGAAGUCCGGGACUUAUGGCCGUUCUCCUUGGAUACAUGA